CUGAGAUAAUGAUGAAGAUUUUGAGUGGGUGAUAAACAAACUUAUGUAACGACUAGUGGUCUAUUUAUUUCACUGUAAAAGUUAAAAGUUGGCUAUAGGUUCAAGAAGUGUAAUAGCAUUUAAAAUGUUUCUCAAAUUGUUCCUGGCGAGCGUCCUCGCAGCAUCAGUUUUUGGUCAAGAUGAUCCAAACUGGUACAAAACUGCCACUUACUAUCAGGUGUAUCCACGCUCGCUCAAGGACACAAAUGGAGAUGGCAUUGGCGACCUUAAAGGAAUCACCCAGAGCAUUCCCUUCAUGAAAUCGCUCGGUGUUGACUGCAUUUGGCUGUCACCAAUUUACAAAUCGCCAAUGAAGGACUUUGGCUACGACAUCGCUGAUUUCUAUUCAAUCGACCCGAUUUUUGGAACUUGGGAAGACUUCGAGGAACUUCUGGCCACCAUCAAAGCAGCCGGCUUGCGCCUGUUGAUGGACCUCAUCCCUAACCACACGAGCAACGAGCAUGAGUGGUUCAUCAAGUCGGUGCAGGGACAACAACCAUACGCUGACUACUACGUGUGGAAACCGUCAAAAGGCAUUGACGCAAACGGUUCUCAAAUACCGCCGAACAACUGGUUGAGCGCUUUCGCCGGAUCCGCGUGGGAAUGGCGCGAGGAACGGCAGAUGUUCUACCUGCACCAGUUCACCGUGGAACAGCCCGACCUCGACUACCGCAGUCCCCUCGUUCUGGCCGAGAUGCAGAACGUAUUCCGCUUCUGGCUGCAGAAGGGCGUCGACGGCUUCCGCAUCGACGCGCCUGCCCACAUUUGGGAGCACGAGGACUUCCUCGACGAGCCGCCCUCCAACGACCCCAACUGUCCGGCCCCUGACCAGUUCUGCGCGCUCAACCACACGUACGUCAAGGACCAGGAACAGGUCUAUGACAUCUUGUACGCCUUCAGAACGGUUGUGGAUGAGUUUGAGGCUUCCACAGGCGAAAUCAAAGUUCUGAUGAGCGAGGCAUCAGGAGAGUUGGACUUGACCAUGCGUUAUUACGGCAACGAAACGCACAACAUCAUCCACUUCCCAUUCAACUUCUACCUCAUCUGGGAGAUAAGCAACGCGACGGACGCGCGCGGCGUCGAGGCCGCCAUCCGCCACUGGUUGGACGCGAUGCCCGUCGGCCGCACUGCAAACUACGUCUUGGGAAACCACGACAAUGGUCGUUUGGCUUCAAGAGUGGGCGCAGAUUUCGCGAUGACCAACCAAAUGAUCGCCUUCUUGCUCCCGGGUGCGAUGAUUUCCUACAUGGGCGAAGAAAUCAACAUGGAAAACACGUUCAUCACGUGGGCGCAAACGCAAGAUCCGCAGGGCUGCAACGCCGGUCCUGAUCUCUACCAGCGCUUUUCCAGAGACCCCCAACGCACGCCCUUCCAGUGGGACGAUUCAAACUUCGCAGGUUUUACAAAUGGUUCAAAUACGUGGUUGCCUGUGAACGAAAACUACUUGCAAGUCAACGUGGCCGCCCAGCAGGCUGCCCUGUACAGUCCACUCAAGAUUUACCAAAGAUUGGCAGAGGCCAGAAAAUCGGCCGCCGUCAAAAAUGGUUCUUUUGACCUCAGAGUUGUCAAUGACGAUGUUAUUGCGUUUACAAGAGUGCUGACAGGUGAAAUUAAUUUCUUGGUUGUGGCCAACACAGCUUAUGAGGCCAGGACAGUCAACGUGGACGCAACGUUCUUUCCCUUAUUACCUAUUAAGGCAACGGUUUUCACUGCGAGCGUCGAUUCGCCAAUUCAGCAAGGUGAUUCCGUUUUCACCUCGGUAAUUGAUUUGGCUCCCCGAGGAGGCGUCGUUUUGACUUUUUGAAAGGCAGCUUAUGAUUAAUAUGAAUGUUUGCUAAUAAAAAAAUCAAUUGGCGAUUUAAAUUGUGCAUAAUUAUAUCUAGAUAUGAAAUAAAAAAUCAAUUAUGACACAAUUUUAGUUUG